AUGCAGGUCGAGGCAAAUACGCGCAACACCUUUCCAAUACAUCCACCUCCUCCUCCAAACCAUGGAUAUAUUCCGGCGUUCGGCCGGUCUUUCAUGCUUGUCGUUCGUACCACGUCCGGCUGGUCCGAGGUGGGCGCUCAAUCGUCGUCCGCUAAGUCUGCUGCCCCCUCAGACCAGGACGAAUCUGUCGUCUGCCUUUACAUCGAGCUCCAAUCUGGCCUCGAAGCACUCUUCCAUCUUUUGAGAGCCAAGUUCGAGGACGACGGUUACGAGCCUCGUCUCCUCCCAAUAUUCCCAGCGUCUUCGAGCACAAGUCCGGAAUCCGGUGCGGAACCUAGUCCACAUCCCUCGCGCAUUCCAACAGACCUCGCCCUCUCUCUUGUCGAUACUCGUAUUUAUUUCGACGAUCUCACUAGCCCCGGCUCAUUGCACGGUUUCCGCCGCCUCCCUCAUACGUGCUCCCCAAAUAUAGACGCGCUCUACCCUGUAAUCUGUGCAGCUACCCAUUGGUAUUACCAUCUUCGGCGUCGGCCUGCAGAUGCGAAGAGGAGUCUAACGAGAACGAGCAUAGGAGAGAGUAAGGGAAAGGUGACUCUGGAAAUGGUGGUGUUAGAGGCAGGUGAAGGAUAUCAUCGGUCGCUCAAUCCGCUGCUCUUUCCGGUAAAGAGCGUGGAAGUGGGUGUGAAUGGUGGAAAGGACAGUAGUGGAGGUAGUCCGGGUAAAGAGAAAAGCCUCGAAGACGACACGUAUGAUCCAGAGACGGCAGGAACCUACAACCGUUUCCUGUUCAUGGAGGUCGAGGCAGACGAGCUCACACUCUAUGGACAAAAGAUCGUCAACAAUUCGGAGUACACCUUAUUUCCUGCCUUAUUUUACUUCGACAACAGUGAAUUCAGCAUCGCAGAGUACUACCUCCCGCCGACAGCCACCUACACUUCUAGCCCAGACCCGCCUCUGAUUGCAAACGGCGCUCUCACCAUCGGCUACGGCACGAGCGAUCUUUCGCCUCAUGUCUACUUCCUUCUGCUCAAUGAAGACCUCGAUAUCGGAUAG